AUGAAUGUGUAUGAGGUAUAUCGCACAUCUGGGCCCACGUCUGGCAGUCGAUUCAAUGAAGGCCUGACUACAAUCACCUACCAAGCCAGAGAUGGAGCUGGGAAUGUUGCUUAUUGUUACAUCAGGAUCACUGUUAAUGUGCUGCGAUGUCCAAGUGUUGGAUCAAGCAGUCAUAGGUCACAUAGCUGCUCCAAAACAAACAUAGCUGGCUCAGUCUGCACCUUCCACUGCUCGACUGGAUACAACUUGGUUGGGUCAUCCGCUGUCACUUGUCAGACCAACCGUGUCUGGAAUAGGGGAUUUCCAACAUGUCAAGUGCGAACUUGCAGCCCGUCAUUGACAAAUCUCGCUAAUGGACAAAUUUCCUGUACCAACUCCAACCGAUGGAACAGUGUGUGUACGUUUAGGUGCAACACAGGGUAUGGGUUGUCAUCUGGUGGAAGCACCUACACAAGAACAUGCAGUAACAGUUGGUCGGGAACGUCUCCAACUUGUACAGAUAACCGGGCACCAAGUAUAACCUGCCCAAGCUCUAUCUCUGUCGAAGCAGAGGACAGACUGACCAGUGCUGUGGUUUCCUGGGUUGUACCAGUGGCUUCGGAUAAUGUACCGUCAGGCUUGACAGUUACUCGGACACAAGGCACAGCCCCAGGCAGUCGCUUCAAUCAAGGGUCUCAUGCAAUACGGUACAGGGCUGCAGAUGCUGCAGGCAAUACGCGAGACUGUACUUUCUCUGUAACUGUCAGAGGUAUGUACUUGUGUAUAGACCCAAAUGAGAUGCAUUUCUCAAAGUCAAUUUCCUAUUCAGUUCUUAUGAUUGAUUGA